CAGCCAAUCAAGUGUCGGAGGUGAUGUGGAGGGCGGAGUAAAAGACGCACGCUUUCUCUGGAUAAAUGAGCGACAAACUCUGCAGCUGCCCGUAAAAUACGACUCCCGACAAUUUAACUUCAUUGAGAGACGUCAAACGACCAAAAUGACUGAGAAGAAGGCAGUGAUAAAGAAUGCAGACAUGUCUGAUGAAAUGCAGCAGGAUGCAGUGGACUGUGCCAUGCAGGCUAUGGAAAAGUACAACAUUGAAAAAGAUAUCGCUGCUUAUGUCAAAAAGGAGUUUGACAAGAAGUACAACCCCACGUGGCAUUGCAUUGUUGGGAGGAACUUUGGCAGCUACGUGACGCACGAGACAAAGCACUUCAUCUACUUCUACCUGGGCCAAGUUGCCAUUCUACUGUUCAAGUCAGGUUGAAAUCCAAACAUGCUGUCCGAAAACUACUUUUAAUUCAGCCCUUAAUUGUUCUGUGCCACGCUGUUAAUUUGCUACCACCUUUCUGCAGACAUGCCCUACCUCAUGGUUUCCUGCUUGUUUCAGUCUGUUAUUGUGUGCCACCUUCAACACUACCACCAUUGGUGGAUUGCGCUUUAGUCAUGCCUGGACUGGUGACGUGCCGAUCAUAGAAAAUGCCAAUUUACACUCACUCUACAUUCCAGCAUUCACCCAGCGUUUUUGCAUCCGACGGACUGGUGACUCAUUAUUUCCGGAUAUUAUUUUUGCUGUGCAUUGAUGCGCAAACCUUGUACAUUGUUUCGUACGGAUAUGUUGUAUAAUAACUUAUUUUUCAUGGAAUUGAAACACGCAACAGAGUUUUUGUUGAAUUUCCUUUAAUUUUCAGUGUUUACUGAAUAUAAAUUCAAAUACUGUUGCUUACAAUUAAUAAAGAAAACGACAUGCCAAGAGGUUGAAAGUUUUCUACAUGCGUUAACAUUCCUGUUUCCACAGUUGUGAAUCUUUACAAUGUUCGUGCCCUGGAAUGUAAUUUAAUGUGCGUUUUGUUAUUGUAAUGUUUUCAACAUGUUGAGCACAAAACUGACACAGUAAAUUGGUUCAAGAUGUG